AUGUGGCAGGUGUAGCUGAAGAGCUGAACGUUUGAUUUAUUUUAAUUAAUUUAGUGGUUGUGUGUUGCCAGCAGCUCCCACCUGGGCUGUGACCCCAUGGUCUGUGGACCUCACUCUGGCACCAAACUCUGAGCGGAGCUGCCUGUGGCCACCAGACAGUGUGGAGUGCCUCUUCGGGUUGUGUAGAAAUAGGAAAUGAGUCACCAAAGUAGGAGCUGUUGCUGCUGCGUUCUCUAGCGCACCUGCCUUGUCUGUGCUGCUCGGUGUGGAACGCCUCUCGGGCGCUGACAGCGUCCUUGACUCUGUUGCUGACCUCCUUGGAUUUACCUGGUCCAUUUGGAUCAGGUUCUUUCACCUAUUCACACGAGCAAAUACCACCUUAAAACCUUACAGGUUGGCUUAACACUUCCUGCCCUUUUUUUUCCUUUCUUUUAGUCUCUGCGAUACGAUACCAGCUAUUUUGUGGAGUAUUUUGCCUUAGAUCUCCUGAUGGAGGACGGGGAGUGCCGUGGUGUCAUCGCACUGUGCAUAGAGGACGGGUCCAUCCAUCGCAUAAGAGCAAAGAACACUGUUGUUGCCACAGGAGGCUACGGGCGCACCUACUUCAGCUGCACGUCUGCCCACACCAGCACCGGCGACGGCACGGCCAUGAUCACCAGGGCAGGCCUUCCUUGCCAGGACCUAGAGUUCGUUCAGUUCCACCCCACAGGCAUAUAUGGUGCCGGUUGUCUCAUCACGGAAGGAUGUCGUGGAGAGGGCGGCAUUCUCAUUAACAGUCAAGGCGAAAGGUUCAUGGAGCGAUACGCCCCCGUGGCGAAGGACCUGGCGUCUAGAGAUGUGGUGUCUCGGUCGAUGACUCUGGAGAUCCGCGAAGGAAGAGGGAACCUGGUUGUCGUCGCUGCCUUAUUCGAGGCUCGUUCUCCUGCCGGCAUUUCAGAGACAGCCAUGAUCUUCGCUGGUGUGGACGUCACGAAGGAGCCGAUCCCUGUCCUCCCCACCGUGCAUUAUAACAUGGGCGGCAUUCCCACCAACUACAAGGGGCAGGUGAUGGUGCUGGCUGCCCUCCCACAGCUGGAUAGAAGGCUGGGACAACGGGGCCCACCUUGCAGUUGUCUCUUUAGAGUGGUGAGGGCCUUGGGAACAUGGGACAUGGGGACAGUCGCAGAUGCUGACAUUGGGGGUCCUCUGCAGGUGGUGAGGGCCUCGGGAACGUGGGACACAGGGACAGUCGCAGACGCUGACAUUGGGGGUCCUCUGACCUGCUUUUUUUUUGUUUUAGGAGAUAAAGUCCCUCCAAUUAAACCAAAUGCUGGGGAAGAAUCUGUCAUGAAUCUUGACAAAUUGAGAUUUGCUGACGGAAGCAUAAGAACGUCGGAACUUCGACUCAGCAUGCAGAAGUCAAUGCAAAAUCAUGCUGCCGUGUUCCGUGUGGGAAGCGUGUUGCAAGAAGGUUGUGGGAAAAUCAGCAAGCUCUACGGAGACCUGAAGCACCUGAAGACGUUUGACCGGGGAAUGGUCUGGAACACGGACCUGGUGGAGACCCUGGAGCUGCAGAACCUGAUGCUGUGUGCGCUGCAGACCAUCUACGGAGCAGAGGCGCGGAAGGAGUCACGGGGCGCACACGCCAGGGAAGACUACAAGGUGCGGAUUGAUGAGUACGAUUACUCCAAGCCCAUCCAGGGGCAACAGAAGAAGCCCUUUGAGGAGCACUGGAGGAAGCACACCCUGUCCUAUGUGGACGUCAGCACUGGGAAGGUCACUCUGGAAUAUAGACCCGUAAUCGACAAAACUUUGAACGAGGCUGACUGUGCCACCGUCCCCCCAGCCAUUCGCUCCUACUGAUGAGACAAGAUGCAGUGAUAACAGAAUCAGCUUUUGUAAUUAUGUAUAAUAGCCCAUGCAUGUGUCCAUGUCAUAACUGCCUUUAUACGCUUCUGCACUCCGGGGAAAAAGGAGUACAUUGAAGGGAGAUUGGCACCCAGUGGCUGGUAGCUUGCCAGGAACCCAGUGGCCAGGGAACGUGGCACUUACCUUUGUCCCUUGCUUCAUUCUUGUGAGAUGAUAAAACUGGGCACAGCUCUUAAAUAAAAUACAAAUGAACAAACUUU